AUAGUUCUUGAACCUUUGGGGAUCUACAUGUAUUUUACGCUUUACAAUUUUCAGUUUAACUCGCAUGUUUUCUGGGUUCUUCAGUGAUCCAGUUCUAGUCUAUAUCUUCGUCAGAUCGCCAGCACGACCCGAUUCGUCGCGUUCGCCCCAAAUCAGGUCCAGCCUCUCCAGUCUUCAGUAAGCUCUCAUCUUCGUCACGAAACCGAAACUGUCAGAGCAUCCAGUGUGGAUGGCAUCAAAGGAAGGCACUCUGCAGUCAGUUGAUGAACAUCAUCCAGUUGAUCAGCAGCAUCCAGUUGAGCAGGAGCAUUCAGUUGAUCAGCAGCACUUAGUUGAUCAAGGGCAUUCAGUUGAGAAAGAACAUGUAGUUGAUAAAGAACAUUCAGUUGAUCAAGAGCGUUUAGUUGAUCAUAACCAUGACAAAAUGGAUGCUGAUGUCUUGAAUCAUGGAGUUUCAGAACCAAACCCUGAUUUUAAUGAAGAAGAAGUCAGACGCACACUGGAAGUCAUUGCAUCCAGUGGGAAGUUUUGGCAUGAUUGGGACAAACUGAAGAGCAUGCUAUCCUCUCAGCUGAAGCAGGUCCUGCUAGAAUAUCCCGAGUCAAAUAUGACUACUGAACAGCAGACCGCUUCUGUAGGAGAAACUUACCCUGAACUGUUGAAGCGACUUGACGAAGCACUUUUAAGUUUCGAUGAAGGUCCUCCAUUUACCCUGCAGAGGCUUUGUGAGAUCCUUUUGGCUGCUCGGAGUAUUUAUCCAAAACUCUCAAAGCUUGCUUUGGCACUUGAAAAAAAUUUGUCAGUGACAUCCACAUUGACUGUUUGUACUGAUCCAUAUCCACAAGCGGUGAUUCAAACUCCAAAUGAAGCAGAAAAACCAAGUGAAGAGCUUCACUUGCAGUCUAAUUCAAUACAGAAUGGGGUUGAACCUAUAGUUGAAGACAGGGACGAGGUUAUGGCAGAGGUAGAGCAGGGUGAUAUUGACGAUGAAAUGGCCAUUGAUAUGGAAGCUUUAGAGGAGAUAGUUGGAUCAUCAGAAACAGAUGCCACACCAACGACGAAUUCCUAGGUUUCUAGUAAGUCUUUCCAGUCGACUUUCUACCCCGUCUUUACACAUCUCCUGAUUCCAUAUAUUUUCUCUUAGAGAGUGACAUGGCUGAGGUUCAUAUUUCUAAAAUCUUCAACUAAGAGUCAGCAAGGAAAAUGCUAGAUUCUUAUCACAUGAAAUCACCACAAAUUAUAUCUAUUCUUGUAUUUCCUUGGAUGCUAUGCUUUUUGAUCAGGGUUCCUGGCUUGUCAAAUCUAAUGUGUUUUUGUUGUCUCAGAAAUUUUAUGAAUGUUAGAACGGUUCUGUUUUU